AUGUACAACGCACUUGCACUGCCCGUCAUCCAAUGUCCGAUGGGUCUUGACAACAAAGGCAUCCCUCUUGGAGUACAGAUUGUGGCUGCCCCUGGAUGCGAUCGACUUCUAGUGGCAGCAGCGAAGGAGAUCAGUGCCACGUUCGGAGGAUGGAAACCUGCCUGGGAGCAGAAGUAA